AUGGAGAUUGAUGUUAAUACUUUAGUUUUUAUAACAAUAAUAUUGUAUAUAUUCUAUUCCACGCCGAGUAAUGAGGGAAUUACAUCAGAGUAUGAAUAUAAUCAGCUAUCUCUAUUAAAAAAUCAAUUCAGCAUAGAGUAUAAUAAUUUUAUGAAUUUAACAUACGAUUCAAACUUUAAAAAUAUUACAGGUUUUAAAUUAAGUUAUGCAGAUGCAGCUAAUGAUCCAAAUACCACUGCAACUUAUCCCUUAGAUGGCAAAGACUACAAUUCCUGGUACGCUAAUGAGAAUUACAUGUUGUUGCCUGACAGUAUCAUAAAUAUAAUUAACGAUCAAGUUUGGUCUAGAUCCAAUUCAGAUUUAUCAAAUGUGUUCCCUGCGAAUAUUUCGACAACGAUGUACGGGUCAAUAAUUAAUGAUGCAAAUAGUACAGAACACUUAACUAAAAUCAAAAUGCCAAUACCCAAAUUCUACAACAAUGCAGAGCAUUUGGGAGAUAUAAAUCCACCUAUUGGCGAUGAUUAUGUUGAAGAUGAUGAAGAUGCUUAUUUUCAUAAGGAAAAUGUCACAUUUACUAAAGGUGAAGUAACAAUUAGCCUAACACAUGUGGAUAAGCUUUCUUCAAAGCCAAAAGGACGUGAUGAGAAAUAUUUUAAUACUCAAAGCGAUAAAUGGAAAUUUUUGGAAACAGUUAUAGUGUUCAAUGAUGCUAAUGAAAAUGAACAGCGAACUAUACGUGGAAAAGCAAUUUACGAUAUUCAAAGAGGAAGGAUAGUGUCUUUAACUCAAAGUGCUAAAUUUCAUUCGAUAUUUGCAUUUCCUCAUUAUAGUAGCAUGGCCAAGACGGAGAAAGAAAAUAUUUUUAAGGACGUUAAGCAACUUGUUUCUGAAUAUUGGGAGACUCUCGAUUUUGUCGAGACACUAAAGGCAACAGAUUUUGAAGAAUGGGGAACCAGCGGUGAAAGUCUUUGUGAAUAUAUGGUUUUCCUUCAGUUAGAACCAUGGAAUCAAUAUACAAAAGAGCAACUUAAAAUUAUUGAUCAUGAAUUGAAAUGGCCGACUGGAUUGCCUGCAAAUAUAUCUUCAAUCCCCCCCAUAAGAAUUGAAUCUGGGCUGAUUUAUUCUCCAGAUUGUGGUUUAAAGUUUCAUUUAGAUAAUGUAGAGGGGGUAAGGGAAGAAAUAAAAAUUUCAAGCGCUAGAACUCUACUUCUAUUUCUAUUUUUUUUGGAAGCUGUACAAUUAUAUUUGUUACUAAAGCAAAUGCAAUUUACUAACACCCCUUCAAGUAUUAACAGAGUUUCAUUCUAUACACUAGCGUUACUACAAUUGAUUGAUGCUACAUUAACGACCGUUAUUCUUAUACUUGCAAUAGCAGUACGUCCUAUAUUUAUUGCUAGUAUGUUAUGUUUACUUUUGUCCUUCUCACUAGCCUAUGUUUUUGGAAUUCGUUACUUAGUUACAGUGACUUCGUCGCAGGUUAAUGAACAAAAUGUUGGAAUUAUGACCUUACUAAGGCGUGUGAUAAGAGAAGAAAAUGAAGAGAGAACAGUAAUUACUGAAGAUCUAUCAACUAUAAGCAGUGGCCUUCUAGGUAAGAUUUAUUUUUCACUUCUUGCAUUUAUGAUGUUCCUUAUUAUUGCAAGUUCAUGGCCAAAAAAUAUAAGAAAAAUAGUGGAAUAUGUUAUCCUUUUUAUUACUAAUUCAUAUUGGGUUCCACAAAUAUUCAGAAAUACAAUAAAGGGAAUAUCCCCUCUAUCUGCAAGAUCAAAUCAAAAUAUAUCAAUGCAGAGACAGAAUGGAAUUCCAUUAUUAUGGAAAUAUAUUGUUGGGACAUCUGUGAUUAGAUUACUUCCUAUUUAUUAUUUUUUUGCAAACCCUUCAAAUAUUUUAAGACACCAUACGGACCUUAAAUUUGUUACCAUUUUAACACUGUGGCUAUCAAUUCAAAUCUUAUUGCUAUAUUCCCAGGAUUACUUUGGUUCACGCUGGUUUUUACCAAAACAUGCUAUUCCUGAUGGGUACUCAUAUCAUAAACCUGUUUUAUCUCAAGAGUUACUUGAACAUGGUGCAUCAGAAAAUCAUACAGUAGACUGUGCUAUUUGUAUGUCUGAAGUGCCUGUAUAUGUAAAGGAUAUUCCGGAAACCCAUGCUGUAGAUCAACAAUCUUAUAUGGUAACCCCAUGUAAUCAUAUCUUCCACACUGCAUGCUUAGAGAAUUGGAUGGGCUAUAAACUUCAAUGUCCUGUUUGCAGAGCACCAUUACCACCACUCUAA